AUGUCGGAGAAACUGCGUGAUGUUUUGAAGAAGUCUUUCGGAUAUGAAAAUUUCCGAUGCGACGAACAGAGAAAAGCCGCACAGGAAAUAUACGAUGGAAAACGAGAUGUUUUCGUGUCGAUGCCGACCGGAGCUGGGAAGUCGCUUUGCUUCCAGCUCCCCUGCGCGGCAGAUUCGGCUGGCGUCACCGUUGUUGUCACCCCUCUUCUUGCUCUGAUGGAAAAUCAAAUCAUUCACGCAAGAUCCUUCAAAAUAGUCACCGAGACGAUCAACUCAACGAUGAGCGCUGUCGACAAGAGACGCGUCCGCGGCGACCUCAUGUCCAUGUCUCCCAAAACUCAGCUGCUAUACGUCACGCCUGAGCAGAUCGCGACGGAGGGUUUCCUGGAGAUCGCUAGAGCUCUCGAUCGUCUGAAACUUCUGAAAAGAUUCGUCGUCGACGAAGCUCAUUGUGUGCUGGAGUGGGGUCAUGAUUUCCGGCCCGACUACAUGAAGCUUGGGAGAGCCAGAACGGAAUUCCCGCAAGUGCCUUGGGCUGCUCUGACGGCCACGGCCUCAAAAAAAGACGAAGAGGGAAUCAUAGAUGCCUUGAAGCUGCGUAACGUUUUCAAAAUUCGGACGUCGUCAUUCCGUAAAAACCUGUUCUACGAUGUGUAUUACCGUGAAACGCUGCACGGCGAAGAAUUCGCACACCUGGCCGGUUUCAUUUCCGACGCACUUGGCAAGGGCUGGGAGGACGAAAAGCCUGAAAAACGAGGCUGCGGUAUCGUCUACUGCAGAACUCGGCAAGACUGUCAUGACGUUGCGAGCGAAUUGCAGAAGCUAGGUGUGACGAGCGGAGCGUAUCACGCCGGAUUACGACCUGCGGAGAGGACUGAAGUGCAAGAAGGCUGGAUGAAAGGAAAAUACAGUACAAUAGCCGCCACGAUUUCUUUCGGUAUGGGUAUCGACAAAGCCACCGUCCGCUUCGUAGCUCAUUGGAGCCCUUCGAAAAGUCUGAAGAGUUUCUACCAAGAAUCUGGACGCGCUGGGAGAGACGGAAAGCCCGCACGAUGCAGAGUCUACUACUCUUUGAAAGACAAGAGAUCCAUCAGUUUCCUGAUUCAAAUGGAGGCGAACAAGUCUAAAAGUGAGCGCAAGAAGAAGCAUUCGGAGAUCGCGAUGAAGGAAUUCGACAGCGUUGUUAGCAUGUUCGAAGCUAAUAGCUGUCGACACAAAGUUCUUUGCUCGGAGUUCGGCGAUAAAAUACCUGAGUGCAAGACUCAAUGCGACUCCUGCACCAAUCCUAAGGACGUUGACAAGCGUCUCGGGCUGUUCAGGGCGCAGCAGCUCUCUACGACGUCCUACAAAUUCUCCCAAGAAGACUACGACGAUCUCUACGGUGGUGGUCGUAAAGGCGGCGCUGGUGGGGUAGAUGGAGAGGAGUACGGUAAAUCGGUUCGCGAUAAAAUGGAAAAAGAGGCCAAGAAGGAAUUGGAAAAAACUAUUCAACAGCAGUUUCAGCUCCGAAAAAGCGGACCCGGGAGAGCGUCAGAUCCUAAAUCUCGAGAGAUCCCCAUCGACUGUGCUAUACACGAGCCGAAAUGUAACGCGAUUCCUGAAGUUUCCAACCAGACGAGACAAGCAUACGCUUUGAAGCUGCGGAAAGAGCUCUGGGAAAACUAUUCGACGCAUUCGGGGCGCUGCCUGAAUGCCGUCUCAAUGGAACGUAAAUUCGUUAAUGAAGUCGCCAGUGAGCUGGAGCUGGAAACUUUCAAAACGAAAAAGAAUAACAUCAUGUACAAACGAGAAAUGGUGAAGUUGCACAAGAAUUUGAAGUCCGCAACCCAGGCUGGCGAGCUUUUCGAAGAACUCGAGAAGCGGCGGGCGGCGGACGUCCGGAUGAAGAAGGAGAACCCGUCGAAGAAGUCUAUCUUCGAUCAUAUCCAAGAUAUGAAACACUCGAAAAACCCUAUCGUCAUCGAUUCGGCCAGCUCCGAUGACGACGAUCAGGUGUUGAUAAUCGACAAUGACGACAACCAAAGCCAGGGAAAAUUUUUGAGUCCCGCUCCCGGAUUAGAUUCACCGAAAGAUCAUCCGCAUCAGAACGAAUCUCCUCCCCCUACGAGAAGCCCCCCGCGAGACUCCGAUGACGAAAAAACGAUUUCUAUUCCGGAAUGGAAACCGUCUCCGACACUUCAAGAGUCUAAGAAGCCGAAAGUGAAGUAUUUCUUCGAGAGCACCAAGCCCGAGAACGAAGGAACCAAGAAGGAAGUCGAGGAAUCGAAGCCUACAACCCGACUAGGAUCAGGAUUCGUCACGGGAUUGCAGCUAAUGAAGCAGAAGGAGCGAGACGACGAAGUCAGCAAUGAGCGGAAACUCCCCACCAAGCGGCCUCCCCCGGAGCAAGCGACGGUGAGCGCUAAGCGAAAGCACCUGCCCGCCGAAGCUGACAAGAAGAAGCUCCAGAAAGCCGCGGAAAUCGUCAACAGACUGCUUUAUCCGGAGUACAAAAGCAACAGAAUAUCGAAAGAAGAGUUCAAAUCGAUCUGUAGAGACGUGUCUCACCGCAUGGUGUCGAAGGGGAACUUCGACGAGAAGACAGUCAAAGCGGAGAUUCGUAAAUCUCUCCUAAAUCGCGAGUGUAUCUGAAUGAGGUUCCCGCUUCGACGUAUCUCCCACGGGGAGAGGUCGCGGAGCAUCGCACCUCGAAUCAUGAUUCUACUCCGGGAAGCCCUCCGGGCCCAGUUCUGCGUGGUCUCAGGCACUUUUUAGAUUAUCGCUGACGACGGAAGCUACCAAGCUCUGAUUUCUAGGCGGAUCCUAUUCGUAUCCGAGCGGGGGAAAUGUAUAAUCAU